AUGACCGAAUUGAAUGAGGCUAAAAUAAUGAAUUCUCACUCUUUCAAUUAUAUCAAGAACUAAGAAGCCAAGAAGAAUGAUGCGGCUGAAGAGUAGAAUCUACUAACUACGCAGAAAAGAGGACAACCCAAAAUUAAUAUCAAUCGUUUGCCUCCAGCCUUUGCAAACUAAAACAAAAGAAAGCAUGUAGAACCCUUGAUAAUUAAAAAGGAAUAGAAACAAUAGGUACAACAAAAUAUCCACAACAUCGAGGCUAUGCAAGAGUACAAAUAGGUGAGCCAGAUGCUAAGUCCCCUGAAGGCAUUAAUUAUUCAUCAAAUUCUAGCGUGA